CGCCCGUUUCGGAAACCCACGCCGCGCGCGCCGCCUUCACCUUCGAGGCAGUGGUAGUCGCUAGAGGAGCGCAGCCAUGAGCAGUGGGGACAAACAGUGGGCGGCCGCCCCGCCUGCCGCGCUCACGCCGGAGCCUACAAGUGGAAGAAACAUCGUUACAGAGUAUGAUCCACGAAAAAAGGGAACGAGAACAGAAUUAGCUGACCUGGUGCUAAACAAAUAUAAAUGUGAUAAGAACGAAAUACCUAUCACUGUUGCUGCUGGUUCCACCACACCGCUAGUUGACAAGCCCGUUAAUGACGAAGAGGCUGGAGACUACGACCCAUUUGAACACAGAAAACUUCUGCAUCCUACAACGGAUCUUGAUACGUUGAUACACUUGCUGAAAGGAAGUCUAGGAAGCGGAAUUCUUGCUAUGCCAUUGGCAUUCCUAAAUUCAGGAUUGCUGUUUGGUGUAAUUUCAACAUUUAUUAUCGGUUUUAUAUGCACGUACUGCGUGCACAUUCUGGUGGAAUGUGCUCAUCUUUGAUGUAAAGCGAACACGAUUCCUUUCGUUAGAUUUUCGACGUAGCUGAGGCCGCUUUUACUUACAGGACCUGCGGGUGUGGCGAAAAGUGGCUGGAAAUUGCCAGCUUCUGCAUAAAUCUUUUUCUAGUUGUUGAUCUCCUUGGAUGUUGCUGCGUCUACAUUGUUUUUGUUUCUGAGAACUUAAAGCAGGUCGUGGAAUUCUAUACCGGGGAACAUUGGAAAAUACAAGUUUUCAUGGGAAUUCUUGCUCCUCUUCUUGUUCUUUUGAAUUUAGUACGCAAUCUUAAAUGGCUGGCUCCAUUUUCUAUGUUAGCAAAUUUACUCAUCGCCACUAGUCUUGGUAUUACAUUUUAUUACGUAUUUUCUGAUCUACCAUCAAUUACAAAUAGUGGCUUGCCGAAUUUUUCUUCAAUGGCCCAACUUCCACUGUACUUUGGUACUGUUAUCUUUGCUCUUGAAGGAAUUGGAGUGGUCAUGCCGCUCGAAAAUAAUAUGAAAACUCCUACACACUUUAUUGGAUGUCCAGGAGUACUAAAUAUUGGAAUGGCAGUUGUAGUAACUUUGUAUACUACAGUUGGUUUCUUUGGUUACUUAAAAUAUGGAAGUGAUACAAUGGGUAGCAUUACUCUGAACCUACCACCCCAGGAGAAAUUAGCUCAGUCUGUUAAAUUAAUGAUAGCUGUUGCUAUUUUCUUCACAUACGGACUUCAGUUUUACGUCCCAAUGGAAAUAAUUUGGAAAUCUAUGAAACACCUCUUUGGAUCCCAUAAACUUGCUGCUGAAUAUAGUGUGCGAAUUGUUCUUGUUUUGGCAACAGUUGCUGUGGCUGCUGCAAUUCCCAACUUGGGCCCUUUUAUUUCCCUGGUGGGUGCAGUAUGUCUAUCAACACUGGGUUUAAUGUUUCCUUCUAUUAUUGAAAUAGUAACAUAUUGGGAGAACCCUGGUCUUGGCCGUUUAAAUUGGCGACUGUGGAAGAACAUACUGAUUAUUAUGUUUGGUAUUCUUGGAUUUGUUACUGGUACCUAUUCAAGUAUUAAUGAUAUUAUUAAGGAACAUAAUAAACAAUAAUAUGCAGGAUAUGUACUUCAUAAUUCACACUAUUAAAAUUAAUUUGGCUCAAAAUUGGUUCUUUGUGUGAAUUAUUAUGUGUCAAGUUAAAAGGAUUUACGUUCUCAUCAUAUACAAAUGUUUACACCAUCUAUAUACCUUUCCUAUUAUUCUUCCUCCACAUGAAGAAUAAACAUAUCUCAAUAAAUAAUGCAUUUCUUUAGGAACAAAGAUCUGAUAUUAAUAUGGCUUAGAAUGUCAGUAUUUGCCUAUUUUAUUGUAGAGUAUAAUGAAAGUUAAAGUAAAUAAAUGUUUAUUAAAAUUAUAUCUGUCAAGAAAACCACUUCUUUUGAUUUUCUGGCAUAGUGUGUAUUCUAGACAAACUAGUGCUUGAAGUUUUCUUCGAAAUAAUGGAAAUAUUAUUGUGAUGUUUGAUGUCGUUUGUAAAUAUGGCAUUCGUUAUUUCUUUCAUGUAUAAAUUGAAAAAAUAUAAUUCUUAUUUAUGAAUGAAUUUUUCAUCAUUAUCAGUAUGAUCGUACGUGAUUGAUCAAACCAACUUCACUGGCAUGCCCAGCUUUUGCGCCACGAAAUAUGUCAUCUCAUAAAAAAAUCGUGUGAUAUAACUCGACUUAAAAAUGCUGUUAUUGUCUGCGCUUCACUUAUAGCUUUGUACAUAUCUACAUUUUACAAUAAAUUGAGAGCCCGCCAUAUUAAUCAUACGACUAUCAUUUCGAGCUAAUUUUACUGCAUGCCAGUCGAACUGUAUAUGCGUCACAUGGUUAAAAUGUCUUUUCCUUUGUCCCAGGCUGCUUCUCCUUGCUUCCUUUAUCCCGCAUAGAAAGUAAAAACUGCCUUCAGGGGCGUCCAGUGGUUGGGGCAGCUGUGGC